AUGCGAAUGAGUGAUCGGGAAGCUGGCCCAGCCAUUCGAGCAAGACUCGAGCCCUUGGGGCGGACCGCUCUCAGCAUCAUUUACGCCGACAAAUCCGAGCCUCAAGUUGCAAUAAAAGCCACUGGCUUCUGGUUAGACGGGGAGAUAUAUGACCACGCAGCUUGUGCUGAAGAUACAAGCGAGACCUUCAAACGCGAAGCCGCCAUAUGCGAUGCCUUAGGCCCGCACGCAAAUACUCUUAAAUCAUUUGGUGUUGCAUACCUCCCCGCUGCCAAAGGCGAAGAAUCAGAGCCCAUGGGUGUAGCCCGGGGAGAGAGAGAAGCCUGGGCCUUGAAACUUGAGAGAGCCCCUCACGGCAGCCUCCGUCAGCGCAUCCUUCAGGGCGAUGCACUGCCUAUGGCCCAGCGGUUGAGGAUUGCAUUGGAUCUUGCGGACACCCUGCAGUAUGUGCAUAGCCGAGGCGUGAUAUGGGGUGACAUCUCGACACAGAGCAUCCUUCUCUUUGAUGACCACCACAUCAAACUCAGCGACUUUGCCGGCUCCAGUCUAUGCGAUGUAUAUCCAGACCUGCUCUUUGCCUGUGAGCCUCGCUACUGCAUCCCUACUACAGAUCCCCCUUGCCCAGGAAGAAGCACGUUUGAGAAGGAAUUGUUUGCACUGGGCACUGGUAUCUGUGAGAUCACUGAGUGGGAAGUACCGUAUGGCAAUGUUGAAAUCGAGGAAUUGCAGGAGAAGCUAAUGCGUGGGGAGUAUCCACAUGUAAGUGAGGACAAUCCGGCGCAACACAUCAUCCGGGGACUUUGGAAACUGGACUACAGUUCUGUUCAAGAGGUUGCUGAUGCGCUUCGCAAACUCAUGGCUACUGCAUAG